UUCUUCUUUUCACAUCUUCCUAUAAAAAAACUCAUCCAUUUUUUUUUCCUGUCAAAUACCAAUUCUCCGUUAGGACACCUAAAUCUCUCUCAAAAUCCAAAAUUGAAUCAGACCCCUUUCAAUUCCCUCAUCAAUAUCCCUGAAAACACGAAAACCCAGGAUACCCAGAUACCCUUUUUCUCAAUAGUUGAUGGGCACAAUAAGGUUUUCUAGCAGAGACCUCCCAGCAGCAUCUCCCACGUCAAACCCAUCAUCAUCAAUUCCAACAAAAACGACAUCAUCUUCUAUAACGGAAACCGUAAAUGGGUCUCAUGAAUUCAAGAUCGGUGGCUAUUCUCUUUCGAAAGGCAUGGGGGUAGGCAAAUACGUCGCAUCGGAUACCUUUUAUAUUGGUGGAUAUGCAUGGGCUAUAUAUUUCUACCCAGAUGGUAAAAGCCCUGAAGAUAAUGCCACUUAUGUGUCCUUAUUCAUUGCCCUUGCUAGCGAGGGGACGGAUGUUAGGGCUUUGUUUGAAUUGUCGUUGAUGGAUCAAAGUGGGAAAGAAAGACAUAAGGUUCAUAGCCAUUUUGGGAGAGCCCUUGAGAGCGGGCCCUAUACGCUUAAGUAUCGUGGCAGUAUGUGGGGUUAUAAACGAUUUUAUAGAAGGAAUCAAUUAGAGACAUCAGACUAUCUUAAGGAUGAUACCCUACUAGUUCGCUGCUGUGUUGGUGUUGUUAAGUCUCACACUGAGGGGCCUAAGACCUACACCAUUUCUGUGCCACCUUCCAAUAUUGGUCAGCAUUUUGGAAAGCUUUUAGACAGUGGAAAGGGAACUGAUGUUAAUUUUGAAGUUGAUGGAGAAACCUUUGCUUCUCACAAAAUAGUUCUGGCAGCACGCUCCCCAGUGUUUAGAGCACAGCUUUUUGGUCCAAUGAAAGAUCAAAACACUCAAUGCAUCAAAGUUGAAGAUAUGGAAGCCCCGGUUUUUAAGGCGUUAAUCCAUUUUAUGUACUGGGAUGCCUUACCAGACAUUGAGGAACUUGUUGGUUUGAACUCAAAAUGGGUUUCUACACUGAUGGCUCAGCAUCUGCUUGCAGCAGCAGAUCGCUAUGCACUUGAGAGGCUCAGAUUGCUCUGUGAGGCUAGACUUUGUGAAGAUGUUGCAAUAAACACCGUUGCAACAACACUAGCUCUAGCGGAGCAGCAUCAGUGCAUCCAACUAAAGUCUGUAUGUCUCAAAUUCAUUGCUUUGCCUGAAAAUUUGAAAGCUGUGAUGCAAACAGAUGGGUUUGAAUACUUAAAAGAAAGCUGCCCUUCUGUCAUCACGGAACUACUGCAAUAUGUUGCCAAAAAUGGUGAGCGUUCUGUCAUCACUUGUACACAUGGAAAUGACACCUUAGAUAGCGAUAUGAAUGGAAGGCGGGUGAAGCAAAGGAUACAUUGAUAUGGGAACAGCAGAUGAGACCACUGGACAAUAAUCAGAGCUUGCUAGGCUUUAGACAUUUUAGUGAUUGUACUGACAGUUCACUGUAAGAGAAAUUUAAUACCGGUGGGUUAUUUGUUGGUCUCGUGUUUUCUAGUACAUUGGCUAGUUUGUUCUAUAAUUCUGCGAACUUUAAUUUCUUGUCUGUCUAGUUGCAUCAUACCAACCAGACCCUUUUCUUCUCUGGCGCUUGUGUAGCUUUCUGGAUGUACUUUGUUGUGUGCAAGUAAAGAACGUUUACGUGAAUGUAAUAUUGAGGUCAUUUGCAAGCA